AUGCAGCCUCAGAAUGCAUUCAGGUCUCACGCCUUUUGCAGACCGCGGUAUCUCGAUGGACAAGAUGACGACCUUCCGGGAAAGGACCCAUCAUGGAAAGGCACUGUGGCCUCGCGCAUCCGCUCACUCAAUGAGUUGAACAAUCCUGCCCGGACAGGACAAGCACCAACACGCUCCGUGCAGGAAAUCCAGGAGGAAAGCGCCCGAUCGGCCAGUUCGAUGCACGCGUCGAACCUCGCACCAGUGCUUUCCGAUGAAAGCCGUGGAACCAGCGGCCUUUCCGGACGCACUAAUCCAUUUGUUCGCCGCAGUCCACCGAGAUCAGUGCCCACGCCGUCCAAGCCAAGCUUGCCCGAACGGGUUUCCCAUUCUAACGUCCCCGUCAAAGCCCCUGUUCCGAGCCUACUUGUCCAGCGCCCGACGUUUUUCGAGGAUCAGAAUCGAGCAGCACAGCGGCCCGCAGCGCGUGAGACCAGAACUCCAGAGUUAAGCACCGAAUCGCGCCAAGACUACGGUCGUCAGCCAAUAGAGAAUCGAUCCCGAAGCACGGAAUUAACAAGUCCUGGACCAAGUAUCAACAGCGGUUAUGCUCGUACUCCCAGCUCAAGCAGUGCAUACGCUACAGCAAAGCGUUUCGAGGAACUUGAACCGAGGCGAAGGGUCACCGCCAUCGGGCUAAAGAAUGAUACGAAAGGAGAUGGCUUCUUGAUGGACCCGAACCCGAACCCGAACUUGAACCAGAGGACGCAGCUGGCAGUCACAGGUCCGUCGGUUGUUAUGGCGAGGAAGUCGCAGCCUGAGCUGCGCUCAAAGGACAAACCCAUGCCCAGCGUGCUCGAAACGGAUCGAGAUUCAAGACACGGUCUCACAACCCAAAGAGCUUUUACGCCCGACAAUCUUCGCUCAACGAGCCCAAGCGUUGGCAUACGCCCUCGCACUACCCCUUUUGAGCGGGCUGGAUGGGUUCGCUCUGUGUCACCAAUUGAGUCUGGCCAAGCUAAAACUGACAGGACCGGAAGGAACAGCGCUCGACUGGAGCGAAUUGAAUCAAUGAUCCAGGAUAUCGAGACCACGUCUACUUGCAUUGAAGCUACCGCAUGCGAGAUCAGAACUUCAGCUCAUGUCAUCGGUCUCUUGUCUGCUUCGUCAAUGACGACCACCAAUGAAGCAGGAUCCAUGGACUGCGGGGUGUCUGGGGUAGAGCCGCAGCCACAGGCGAAGUUACAGGAACAAACCCUACAGGCUGACGUCUCUUCCUCAGCUGCCUGCAUGCGGAGAAACACUGAAAGUCAUACACCUCGGGAUACCUACGGAGCAGGCCCCGCUCCUGAGGUGAUCGAUCCCAUUGAUUCCAUACUAGCUGAGCAUGACGCCGUGGUUGACCAUGUGAUCGAGCAGCUCCAGGCCUGUGGGCAUAAGCUCCGGAUGAUCCGCAGCCUAUCACAGCAGUUCGGGUCCAUCCCAAUCCCAAGACCGAGCUUAUCAGAAGUAGACAGAAAGGAUUCUGCGUCUAACUCUGCGUCAUUGCCUAAUUUCGCGGAGGCACCUAUUCUCUCUGGUACACCUACUGCCAGUACCAAUGACCCUCCGGCUCUGCAAGGACAGCCCGCGAGAUCCAAUCCUGGUUUUGUCCGUCUUAUCAAUUCCGCCGGCGAAGGACUCGGGUUGAAUCUGAAGCAAGCCGAAGACAAGCAGUUGGGUGCUUUCCCAGCUGAAAUUGACUCCACUCCACCGAGCAAGCUGCAAAGAAUGCUAUCAGGAACACUUUUUUCUUCGCCAACUGAACUUCCCACAGAGCUCGUGCCGUCGAUACCUAGUGUAAGGCCACAUCUGAGCACACGAUAUCUCAACAACAGCACAGUGCCUCGCAAUGACACCAUUGCCUCAGCGAGAGCUUCUGCGCCGACACCUCCGCUAUCGCCACCGAAGCCUCGCGAAGAUGUGCCGAUGAAACGAUCAAGGCCACGUUUGUACACCACGCUACCUAUUCCUACGACACCUCCAAGUCCGCACACAGAAAGAUAUGGAAAUCGACUUCAAGGAAGAACUUCCAAUCCGGGUUCGCCGCGUGCCGGGUUGACCACGCGGCCCUCUUCCGCGCGACGCCUCUAUCAUCGGCAACCUUCCUCCUACUUCUCCGCCAAACAAGGGACUGACUCUCCGUCCAUACUCGAUUCACUUCGACCGGCGCCGACCGUUUAUUUCCCUUAUCAGCACCUACCGUCUGCACAGGCUUCACCACAGGCAAACUCUUCUACGCAAGAAGAGUUCAAGCAGUAUGACUACUGCCCCAUGUUCCAGACUCAGUGGGAUGACUCAAGGGGGCCUAUCGCUCAAGCACCUGAAACACCACCUCCACCCCCGCCGUUGUUUUCAAUGAACCCAGAAGUAGAGUUGGGACUUAGCAGAGAUUGCUUUUCCUCAGUAUUGCCGCCUGAAUCCAUCGCAUAUCGACCUUCUAUUGAGGACAUGGCGCGCGCUGCCACACGUGCAGCACUGGAACGAGAUCACAAGCAAUUCACCAAUCUGACGGCACUUACUGUGCCAAUUGCCCUUCUCGACCAACGCCCAGUUGCAACAAAUAUCCCUAGCGAGGAUACGAACAUGUUGCCAGCAGUUCCAAGCCCACUGGAAAGCGCAGGGUCCGCAGAUUCUCCGUCAAUGGCGGGCAGCAGAAGACCAACCUCUUCGACAGGGUUCUCAGGCUCCCGUAGGCCGCCCUUUACACCGAGAAAGCUGCUUUUCUCGCCUGAAGAGACGAGUAUAUCGCUGCAACCGCCAAAGCCAUCGCUGUACCGAGCCGCAACCAUUCGGGGAGUGAUGUCCCCAACCUUGUCCUUACUAUCCCAAACGUCUUCUUCUUCUUCGCAGGAAGGCUCUCCGUCUUCUUUACAUCAACCUCCACAAACGCGAACAAGCUUACCACAACCAUCGAUCACCCUCGGCCUACCUCCACAUGCCUCUGUUCCACCCGAACUUGAAUCACCCCUCCUCAUCCAACCAUCGGCCUCGCAUACUCCUAUGACUAGACCUAUCAUAGCCGCUGCGACCUCCGACCGUUCAGCUAGCCGGCGUCUCCUCCCCACACCUUCCCCCCUCUCCUCUCCACUACCAUCACCCAUGGACUCACCACCGCAUUCCGUCCAUCGCUCGCUUUCGCCACCAAAGACAGAGCCUGUCGCAGUGGUGGCGGUAGCAACGGAGAAGGACAGCAUCAACGACGACAAUGAAGAGGAAGAGGAACACGAUCAAACGCCAAUAGAGGCCGUGAUGAAUACAGCGCCGCCGGGGCAGAAGCAACAGGAGAAGGCCCCAGCCCUCCUUAACACCCCAGUCCUCGAAACCUCCACCGUCACCGCUUCGCCGACAACCGUAACCGCGAUCCAACAGCCGUCCUCCAGCAGCACUUCAGUCACGGCGUCCAGGCCCGUCAGCGUCUCCCCGUCCGUGUACUCCUCCCCGCCAUCGCCGGCGCCUCCGCAGCAGAAGGAUCCCCACAGCCUCUACCAACCAGGCGAUGGCGACGCCGCCGUUUUUUCCAAGCCCUCCUUCAACCAGCAGCACAACGAUGACGACAACGGCCUCCAUCCCGCUGCUUCUCGGCCACGGCCACAACCACAACCGCACCAGCACCCGCCGCCGACGCUACCACCACCACCUUCAGUCAGCACGACGACAACAACAACGCCAGACGCCGAAAAAGCCGAGGCCCCUCACCCUCCUUCUCGCCAACCUCACAGCAACAACAACAACAACAACAUCGACAACAACAACGAUGACGCCGUCCUCGCCCCCUCCUCUCCUUCUCCCAGCAGCCACCACCACCACCACCUACGCCACCAGCAGCAGCACCACUACCAGCCCUACAACGUCCCGGACCGCGUGCGCAUGCUGGAAGAGACGCGCAAGGAGCGCAUGCGCGUCCUGCGCGCGACGGGGAAGCAUUGGAACGCGGGUGCGGGGGCGGACGUUGCGACGGUGAGGAGGGCGACGACGUACAGCGGUGGUGGUGAUUUGAGAGGCGCUGCUGCAGAUGCGGGUGGAUCAGGGGGGGACGUGGACGAAGAGGGGACGGGGGAGCUGGGUGAUGGUGAUGGCAGUGUGGGUGUGGGUGCGCGGGCGCUGAUGCUGCUGCUGGGUGGGCCGAGGGAGCAGAUUGGGGGGUUGGAGACGCCGUGGUGGUGA